GGUCGGGAGAGCUGCCGCUCACGGCCCCGGCCGGCACUCGGGCGGCGAGGCUGUUUAAAGGCGCCGCGCGCUGGUGCCCCGUGUUUCCUGCCGUGCGUGUGAGCGAGGGUGCGGAGCGCAGCGGCCACCGGGAGCCAUCGCCUCGGACAGAUCUGCCACGAUGCCUGGGUCUCUUCCAGUGAACGCUGAAUCCUGUUGGCCAAAAGAUGUGGGAAUUGUUGCACUGGAAAUAUAUUUUCCUUCUCAAUAUGUUGACCAGACAGAGCUGGAGAAGUAUGAUGGUGUGGAUGCUGGCAAAUACACCAUUGGGUUAGGCCAGUCAAAGAUGGGAUUCUGCUCUGACCGGGAGGAUAUCAAUUCUCUCUGUUUGACUGUGGUUCAGAAGCUCAUGGAGAGGAACAGUCUUUCCUAUGACUGUAUUGGGAGAUUAGAAGUUGGAACGGAGACAAUAAUUGAUAAAUCAAAAUCAGUAAAGACUGUCCUGAUGCAACUCUUUGAAGAAUCUGGUAACACAGAUGUAGAAGGAAUUGACACCACAAAUGCAUGCUAUGGAGGCACAGCUGCUCUUUUUAAUGCUAUUAACUGGAUUGAGUCCAGUUCUUGGGAUGGACGUUAUGCACUUGUUGUUGCUGGAGACAUAGCUGUGUACGCCACUGGAAAUGCCAGGCCGACAGGUGGAGCCGGUGCUGUUGCUAUGCUAGUUGGUCCAAAUGCACCUUUAAUUUUUGAGAGAGGAUUGCGUGGAACCCACAUGCAGCAUGCUUAUGACUUCUAUAAACCAGACAUGGUGUCUGAAUAUCCUGUAGUUGAUGGCAAAUUAUCUAUACAAUGCUACCUCAGUGCAUUAGAUCGCUGCUAUACUGUCUAUCGCAACAAAAUCCACGCCCAGUGGCAAAAGGAGGGGACAGACAGACGUUUUACCUUGAAUGACUUUGGAUUCAUGAUCUUUCAUUCUCCCUACUGUAAACUGGUACAGAAAUCUGUGGCCAGACUAUUGCUGAAUGACUUUCUCAGUGACCAGAACCCAGAAACAGCAAAUGGUGUUUUCAGUGGUCUGGAAGCUUUCAGGGAUGUUAAACUGGAAGAUACCUAUUUUGACAGAGAUGUGGAAAAAGCUUUUAUGAAAGCUAGUGCUGAGCUCUUCAGUCAGAAAACCAAAGCUUCAUUGCUCGUAUCCAAUCAGAAUGGAAAUAUGUAUACCCCUUCGGUCUAUGGUUGCCUUGCUUCCCUUCUAGCCCAGUACUCUCCAGAGCAGCUUGCAGGACAGAGAAUUAGUGUGUUCUCCUAUGGCUCUGGUUUUGCUGCUACGCUGUAUUCCAUCAGAGUUACACAGGAUGCCACUCCUGGUUCUUCCCUGGACAAAAUAACUGCCAGCCUUUCUGAUCUUAAAACAAGACUUGACUCAAGAAAAUGUAUUGCACCUGAUGUCUUUGCUGAAAACAUGAAGAUUAGACAGGAAACACAUCAUUUGGCCAACUAUAUUCCACAGUGUUCAGCAGAAGAUCUCUUUGAGGGAACAUGGUACCUUGUGCGUGUGGAUGAAAAACACAGAAGAACUUAUGCAAGGCGCCCACUGAUGGGUGAUGGACCUCUGGAGGCAGGAGUUGAAGUUGUCCACCCAGGCGUUGUUCAUGAGCACAUCCCAAGCCCUGCUAAGAAAGUGCCAAGAAUCCCUGCAACAACAGAAUCUGAAGGCGUCACUGUUGCCAUUUCCAAUGGGGAGCAUUAAGAUACCUCUGUGAGGUGGGGAAUGAAAAACGGUGUGAGGGUAGGGUGAGAGAGAGAAAAAGGAUUAAAAUAGUAUGAAGUUUCACUGUACAGUAAUACUUAAUUGGAGCAUGGAACUGUUUAACUCCUUGAAAAAUUCAUUUUAAUAUGGUGUGAUAUUUAUAGUGUUUUCAGAACACUAAAAUCAUUAAUAUACUGGAGAUGGAGGGACUUGCCAGGGUCUUUAACACAUCUGAAUUUUUUUUAAUUGCUGAGUUGUAGCUGUGUUCUAUUACAAGAUCUUUGUAUGUAGAAAAAUGAAUUUUCUGCCUGCCUUUUCCAUGUAAAAUGACUUGAAACUUAAACUGUUAACAACUUGUAUUCAAAAGUGUACGGCAAAACAGUCUAAGCUUUUUAUGUUAGGGUUCUCAGUGCCUUGACAGUAAGUAGUCCAUCUUCUGAAUACCAUGUUUCUCUUCCCCUUUAUCACCUUUCCCUACUUCUCCCAAUCCACCUCCCAGCUGCCUCAUUGCUUUGGAAAAGGUGUAGAACCAGAUAGCAUUGAUUAAUGGAAUAGAAUCUCUCCUAUCAAAAUGACUGGAUUAAGAACGGCUAGACUGACAGAUUUUUUUUUAAGAACUCUGUAACUGACUGUGUUAGUUACUAUAUAAUUCCUCCUCAUAUUGUGUGCUUUAUACCUCCAGUAUAAAUCACAGCAGUAUGGAAGGAAAGAGGAAUGACAUGAGAGGCAGUUGCUUUUUUCUUCCAGAGAACAAAAAGGCGUAUUUCUUAGGUUCAUCAAUUUGGCACCUUUCAAGAUUAUUUAACUGUAACAGAAGAAGAAGUAUUUAAGACAGAUUAAUUUUUCAAAUAAAACUUCUGGAUCUUCUGGAGCUGUUUUAAUUGGCAAGCUAAGGAAGGGAGGAAGAUCAGUUUGUCUGGAAUGUUGGCCUCUCAUUAUUCUUUAUAUAUACAUUUCUAAGAGACUAUUUGUAACUCUGAAUUUGGCUUCAUACUUUGAAGUAGUGGUAAUGUUGUAGUAGAUAAGUAUGAGUUUUUUCCUUUUUUUCCCCCCCAACAUGCAAACUAAAAGCUAGCCAUUUUGCAAGUGGUACAUGUACAACGCUAAUGGGGAGUCCAUUCUGGUAGAUUUUUAAAGCCCAGAUUGGAGAUGAACUAUGACGUGAACCUUGUAAGCUUGUAAUAUAUAUUUAAAUUGACUUAAUGUACAGAACAGUCUUGUUGAGUUUUAUUUCUUUGUCUAAUUCUACAAAGCUGCAUUAUCUAAUAUAAAGUAGCAAAAGAAAUGAUUUGUCUGUUAAAUUACAAUUUUUUUGGUGUAAUGAAGUGUUUGUAUGAUCAGUCGCUCACUAGGAUUUGAUAACUUUUGCUGGAUUUGUACAGUCAAGCUUUGGUAAAAUAGUUGUUUAUUAUGAAUUGCUGGGUACUAAUCUGUUUGUUCUGUUGAAAAUGAUGGAACAAUGAUGCAUGAAGAUAGUGUUGCGAAUAUGUGGGUUUAGGUGCCCUCAUGAAACUUAUCUUGGCACCAGAAAAAGAAUUUGCCAUGGAACAAAGUCCAUUGCUGGCAGUGGACAAGCCAAGGAUUGAGCUACUGGCACAAAAAAUUAACCACAGGGACCUCACUGUUUGUGAGGCUGAUCCUUUAAUAAAAUAAAGUUUGAGACAUUUGAAA